GAAAGCCAGAAGAUCGUGAAACCUGCCGAAGUAGAAUUCUUCGUAAUAAUGGUUUCUUUUAUAUGUAAUGUAUGUGGUCAAACAGUCCGAAAAGCUCAGGUAGAAAGACACUAUCAGAACGACUGCCGUAAUUGCGAAGUUCUGUCGUGCAUCGACUGUGGGAGGGACUUCCACGGUGAUGAGUACACUUCGCAUACAUCGUGUAUAACUGAGGCAGAGAAGUAUCAAGGAAAGCUCUAUAAACCAAAGGAUAGACAGAAUAAAGGUGAACACAAGCAGCAAGAAUGGCUUAAGCAAGUGAGAGAGGCAUCAAGAUCCCAAAAGUUGGAUCCACGUUUGUCUAACCUUCUGGACAGAAUUAGUGAAUAUUCCAAUAUUCCAAGAAAGAAAGUUAAAUUCCAAAAUUUCUGCAAGAAUAGCAUUGGUGUGCGAGAUGAUGCAACUUUGGACAAGCUGUGGAACCUUUUCUCAGAGAGUACAAAGAAUUCACAAGAACAGGGUGUGACUAGCAGCAAUGGUGUUGUUGACCAUGAAAAAAGCAAUGGAUCAUCUUUUCAAAGUAAUGCUGAAGACCAAUGCAAUGGAGAUUCUACAAAACACACAGUAAAAGAAAAGAAUCACGAAGUUGAUGACGGCAAUGUUGAACAGAACUCAAAAGAUAGGAGAGAUAAAAAGACUAAAAAACACAAGGAAAGGAAAAAAUUUAAAGACAUUGACUCUUUUGAAAGUGAGCAGAGAAUAAAGGAAAAGAAAUACAAAAGCGACUCACAUGGGAAUGCAGAAGAGUUAGAUAAACUUGUUGAUACUGAAAAUGAACAGAAAAGAAAAAGAAAAAGAAAUGAAGAGGAAGAUGGUAAAGGUGAACCUCAACAAUCCAAGAUAUUAAAAAUGGAAAGUGAAGGAAUAAAUGGUGAUAAAAAUCAAUUUAAUUGGAAAUCUACAAUUAAGGCAGUCUUGAGGCAAGCUCCUGAUCAAGAAUUACCAAUCAAAAGAUUAAGGAAAAAGGUUUUGGCAGAAUUUGAAGCAAGAGGAGCUAAUACAAGAAAUCUUUCUGAUAAUGAACUAAGAGCUCUAUUUGAGAAAAAGAUAACAAAAAAUCCUAAAUUUAAGGUUCACAAAGACAGAGUGAAACUUGUCAAAUAAGGAAUUUUCUACUUAACUCUCAUUUAUUUUUCAGUGAGUCUGGUGUUUUGUGAAAGUUGUUCUUUUUGAAACAAUGUAGUUUAUAUUCAUUUAAUAAAAAGGAGAACACAAGUGA